AUGGACGGGGACGAGUGCGCCACUUGUGGCUCGGCCGACUUCCAUGACGAAGAUGGGAGGAUUUUCUGUCACAAUGGGCACGAUCAAGGCCGCGGCCUGACCACCGCAGAGGACGACGCCGAUUUCGGCAGGCAGGGGACCAUCGUGAGGAAGAAAGUGGACAAGGAGAAGCAGAAGGCAUCGAGAGUGCUUCGAGGAGCCAAAGCGUUCCAACUCUUUCUUCAGUCCUGGCAAUUCAUCUUGUGGAAGCAAUGUCACGCCCUUGUCCACCAGAAAGGCCUCCCAGCCGAACUAUGGAAUGUGGUGCGGGACAUGUGGACGUUAUGGGUCUCGAGACUGGAGCAUCGCCUGCUGCAAGACGCCGCCACUGCUGUCGACGGGCUUACAAAUACGACUGGCAACGAGGCCGAUACUACCGCAAGCUCUGGUGAGGAAAGCGAUACGGACCCCGGCGCUUCUGCGCAGAAGAUGGAGAAGAGGAAGAGGGAGUCCGCGCAUGACUAUCCGAAGCUCAUCGACACCGCUGCCCUGGCAUACAUGGGUAUCAUCAUGCUCAGAAGGCCAGUCGGACAGGCUACGUUUCUAAGAUGGAUCCUCGAAGAAGACAUCCCCUUCAUCCGCGCAAUCCGGCACGUUCCCCAAGAGAUGAAGGACCGCCUUCCAGGUGAGUACCAUCAGUCUCUGGACACGACCACGCGGCUGCCCGGGCCAGACGACCUACAGAAGGCAAUCUACCACCGAGCGAGAUGGUUCAACACCUCGUUCGGCAUGGCCAUGCCAUCGAUCAACCAGAAUCUUUUCCUUCUGAACUACGUCCGCCGUCUGGCUCUCCCGCUCGAGGUCUACACCACCGUGCGCCGCUUGAAUACCAUGAUCACCAAACACGACUUCACUUAUAGGUAUCCUGACGUGACGAAACCGCCCGAGACCGAAACCACGCGACGUCAGCCAACCACGUACCCUGAAGCCCAAUUGAUGUCGCUCGUCGUCGUGGCCACGAAGCUGCUCUUCCCGUUCGACUCGGACACCGUCAAGCGGUACCCGAAGGACGCCACCGACUUCACCACUCUGCGCAUGAACUGGGCAGCCUGGCUUGAAGCUAAAGAAAGGUUCGACGAGGAUAUCACCGCUGCGAGAGUCACGAACGGCCUGAAACCGGGGUCCGAGAUCCUCGUCACGGACAGCGAUAUCCUCGGCAUGACGGACGAUCAACUCGACCAGUACAUGAGCUGGUAUCAACGGACGUGGAUCAAGAACAGUGGCUCACCCCAACACACGCAGGGCCAGGAUGGUGGCAGCGGCAGCGGCAGCAUGGACAGGGAAAUCCUGGAUAUGUUCCCUCUGCCCGACGUGCCGGAACGAAUGGAGAGCCGGGAACAGAACGAGAGACUUUACGCCGAGGAGGACGCGCGGCUCACCGACCGCAUCAAGAAGGUUCAAAAUUCUCUGGGUUCCCGACGGGCUAUCUCGGAGGAAGACGAACUCGAGCAAGGUCUCGACAUCAUGCGCCCGGGCGCACGGUACCCUCAGUUUGCCAAGGUUGAAGAUCUUGACCGCGCAGCAGGGAAAGACGAUGUGGCCAGGACUUUCCAUGAGGAAACCGCCCAGACAGCCUGUUUGAGCUUGAAGGCCCUCAUUUUAGCGGUGAAUCGCACGGAGGAGAAGAUCGAGCGAUGGCUCGUAGCUAGAAGACGGGAGGAAAUCUUCGGCGACGAGGGCUCCGAAAGCGAUGAACGCGGCGCGGGGGCCGAGGACGGCGGUAUAGAUGAGGAUAUCGCAGAUGUUCCGGAGACUAGUCCUCCCGGUAAGUUGGCCCAGGAAUUGAAUGGGCUCGGACUCGGGCUGUCGCCACAUGUCGAGGACGAUGAUGAAUAUGCUGAUAUGCAGAUGCUCCCGGAAUGA